UCCAUGUGCUCACGCCAUCGGCCGGCAGCUAAUCCUUGAUAUUUUCCAUUAUCUCCGGCGAUGAACCUUGUUAGGUGUUUGAUGAAGCUCAACAAGGAGCUUGUUUCGAUCGAGCUCAAGAACCGAAUUGUUGAUGAUGGGACCGUUACAGGUGCGGAUAUUAGUAUGAACACACAUCUGAAGACGGUUAAACUUGCACUAAAAAAGAAGAAUCCAGUGAGUUUAGAUCACCUAAGCAUCAGGGGCAACAAUAUUCGAUCGUAUAUAUUCUUCAUUCUGAAAUUGGGUAAUCUUGAGGUUGAAAAAAAUCUUUAUGCAAAUUUGCGUAAGGAUCCUCAUUUGCAUAAAGAAUUUUCGUUUUCCUCUUAUUUAAAUUUAGAAAUAGGCUUUACGCAUUUGCUAAAACGGGAAUUCGAUGUCAAAAUGGCUAAAAAGUGA